AUGUCCACAGACAAAAUCACCUUUCUACUAAACUGGCAACCUGCCCCUUACCACAUUGCCAUCUUCUUGGCUUUGACCAAGGGCUACUUCAAGGAAGAAGGUCUAGACAUGGCUAUUUUGGAGCCCACCAAUCCUUCCGAUGUUACCGAAUUAAUUGGUUCCGGUAAGGUUGACAUGGGUUUGAAAGCCAUGAUCCACACCUUGGCUGCUAAGGCUCGUGGAUACCCUGUUACCUCUGUUGCCUCGCUAUUGGAUGAACCAUUCACUGGUGUUUUGUACUUGGAGGGCAGCGGUAUCACCGAGGACUUCCAAUCCUUGAAGGGGAAAAAGAUUGGGUACGUUGGUGAAUUUGGUAAGAUUCAAAUUGACGAAUUGACCAAACACUAUGGUAUGAAGCCAGAUGAAUACACUGCUGUCAGAUGUGGUAUGAAUGUUGCCAAAUACAUCAUUGAGGGUAAGAUUGACGCUGGUGUUGGUAUUGAAUGUAUGCAACAGGUUGAGUUGGAAAAAUACUUGGUCCAACGUGGCAGACCAGCGACUGAUGCCAAGAUGCUGAGAAUUGAUAAGUUGGCUUGUUUGGGGUGCUGCUGCUUCUGCACCAUCCUUUACAUUUGCAACGAUGCUUUCUUGAAGGCUAACCCAGAAAAGGUUAAGAAGUUCCUAAAGGCCAUCAGAAAGGCCACCACUUUUAUGUUGAACGACCCCGUUACUGCUUGGAAGGAAUACAUCGACUUCAAACCUCAAUUGGACACUGACUUAUCGUUCAAACAGUACCAAAGAUGUUACGCUUACUUCUCUGAAUCAUUGUACAAUGUGCACCGUGACUGGAAGAAGGUUACUGGCUAUGGGAAGAGAUUGGAAAUUUUGCCACCUGACUAUGUUGCCAACUACACUAACGAAUACUUGACUUGGCCAGAACCGGAAGAAGUUUCUGAUCCUUUGGAAGCUCAAAGAUUGAUGGCUAUCCACCAGGACAAGUGCAGAAAGGAGGGUACCUUUACAAGGUUGACCCUACCAGCCUAA